AUGGGUUGCUAUUAGUCUUCAGACGCGUCCUGACCGGGAGGACUUUCUUUCCAUCACUAUUGGAGACGAAAUUUAUUGAUUACCAGUCGACGACCGACACAAACUUUGUCUUUGAGUAAUUAACGUAAGUAAGUUCAAUUCGAACAACAAAGUUAAUCUUUUUGACAAACAUUUCAUGUUCAUCAGUGGCCACAAAGGGCUCCGCUGCUGCACAAGUUGAUGCUAAGCUAACGCUCCGCCGGUCAAGAGUUCAGUGUGUAGUUAGCAGCACGUUCCAAGCCAUAAUAAAAGACAACAUCAACUCAACAGCCAAUCAAAGCACAUAGCAUUACUCAGCUUCGGCCAAUCCUUUUCUUGCAAAAUGGACGCCUCAGCUUCUUCCGUGCUCACCCUUCUCGUCCUCAUCAUCCUCGCUGUCAUUGCUGAGUCCAGACCAUCGCCUCCACGAGAUGACACCAAGGUCAUGACCUCAAUGUUUGGCUCACGGCUCUCCUCUCUCCUUGUGGCCCCGCCCCCCGAUGGGGACGCCACAGAGGGCCCAGCUAGAAUGCACGUCCCCUCCAGGGGAUUGACCAGGAGGCAGGAGUCUUCAUCACAAUUCCUCGUGGACUUCCUGCGGCAACAUUCCAAGAUAAGGAGGCGGAAUCGAAAGGCGAUGAUGGGAGGGAGGGGAUGCUUUGGUAUGAAAAUGGAUCGCAUUGGCUCCAUCAGUGGACUAGGUUGUUGACUUUUGUUUCACUUUUUAAUGACAGCUAGCCUCGUUUAAUAACGAGUGACAAAAGGUGUAUGCCUGUUUAAGACACAGGUACCUUUUCCUACCUCUGACCUCUGAUCCCUGGCUAAACCACAGUCAGAAGAAAGUGUGAGUGUGUAAGUGUGUGCGUGUGUGUGAGGGACAAAGACAAGCAUGUAUGUAACAUGUGCUUACCUUGUUAGUAUGUUGACAAACUUCUUCACAGAAAGAUGAUUGCUGAUUGCUCUGCUGAAAUAAAGAAUAAAAAGUAUAUUUUUGUGUCA